AAUACACUACAGUACAGUAUUGCAUGUUACAUGAGCAAUGAUAUUCAGGACAUUCCACACCCCUUAUGCAGUGCAUCGCAGCAAGAUAUUCUGUAAACAUGUACCAAACAAUGCAUACUUGAUUUAGUGUUAGCACCUUAACAUCAUUGCUGGAUUACAGGUGGCUUUUAUAAAUUUGACUGAUAAGACAUAUUGUGAUCAUCUUCACUUUCCAUGAGUAAGGGCUGUGUUUCUGCAGUGCUUCCCCUUCUCUUCUUCCUACACCCCAGAACAAUAAGUCCUGUGAUCAGAGCAGUAAUUAUGCCACCAACCACAGCUGCUCCGACCAACCACUGCCAGAUCUGACGGGCUUGCUCCAGUGCAGGGUUGCCCUUUUGUAGGAACAUUUUCUCCCAGCAUGCCUUUCUGGGACUGGCCCUAUACACUCAACAGAGCCAAGCAGCUACAACUCUAAAGGAGCCAUUUUGGAGCUGGUUGUAUUUUCUUCUCUUCUAGCUGGUUAUGAAGAUUAUGAUCACAUGUGCAGCUCUACCUAGCUGUUCCCUUGGAGACGAUGGUGGUUCCCUAGAGAAUAGGUGGAAAUGCCUUGUUAACCAUCAGCUUCCUGCUCUUUUUAUCCAAAAGAUUCUCUAACUACUUUUUAACAACUCUCCAUUUUAUUCCAUCAUGUUGUCUCUACCAGCUUAAACUAUUUCCUAAGAUGGUCCUUUUGCUGUUCCUUGCAAUCCUGUUAUCGAAGGAAGAUGCCAGUGGGAACUUUGGGUUUUUGGUUUCUGCACAGUCCAAUGAAAGAAGGGUGGUUGCACAUAUGCCUGGUGAUAUUAUCAUUGGAGCUUUGUUUUCUGUCCACCAUCAGCCAACUGUUGACAAGGUCCAUGAGAGAAAAUGUGGAGAGGUAAGGGAGCAAUAUGGCAUACAGAGAGUGGAAGCGAUGCUUCAUACCCUGGACAGAAUUAAUCUGGACCCAACACUGUUGCCAAAUAUAACACUAGGCUGUGAAAUAAGGGACUCUUGUUGGCAUUCUGCUGUGGCUCUGGAGCAAAGCAUUGAGUUCAUAAGGGACUCUCUUAUUUCAUCUGAAGAAGAAGAGGGGAUAGUGCGCUGUGUCGAUGGAUCUUCAACAUCUAUCCGCUCCAAGAAACCCAUUGUCGGCGUCAUUGGACCUGGUUCUAGUUCAGUAGCGAUCCAGGUCCAGAACUUGUUGCAGCUUUUCAAUAUACCUCAGAUUGCUUAUUCUGCCACGAGCAUGGACCUAAGUGACAAAACUCUGUUCAAGUAUUUCAUGAGAGUCGUGCCAUCUGAUGCACAGCAAGCUCGAGCUAUGGUGGACAUUGUCAAACGCUAUAACUGGACCUAUGUUUCUGCUGUACAUACUGAAGGAAACUAUGGUGAGAGUGGAAUGGAAGCCUUCAAAGAUAUGUCGGCCAAGGAGGGGAUCUGCAUUGCCCAUUCCUACAAGAUCUAUAGCAAUGCCGGUGAACAGAGUUUUGACAAGCUCUUGAAAAAGCUAAGGAGCCACCUGCCCAAGGCAAGAGUGGUUGCCUGCUUCUGUGAGGGCAUGACUGUGCGAGGGCUGCUAAUGGCCAUGAGGCGCUUGGGUCUGGCUGGAGAGUUUUUGCUUCUAGGCAGUGAUGGCUGGGCAGACAGGUACGAUGUGACAGACGGGUAUCAGCGGGAAGCUGUUGGCGGAAUAACGAUCAAGCUUCAGUCUCCUGAUGUGAAAUGGUUUGAUGACUAUUACCUGCAGCUUCGGCCAGAAACCAAUCUCCGAAAUCCAUGGUUUCAGGAAUUCUGGCAGCACAGGUUCCAGUGCCAGCUGAAGGGGUAUCCGCAGGAGAAUACUAAAUACAACAAGACUUGCAACAGUCAGUUGACUCUCAAAACGCAACAUGUUCAAGAUUCUAAAAUGGGAUUCGUAAUCAAUGCCAUAUAUUCUAUGGCGUAUGGUCUUCACAACAUGCAGAUAUCACUAUGCCCAGGCUAUGCAGGUCUCUGUGAUGCCAUGAAGCCUAUAGAUGGUCAAAAACUCCUGGAUUCUCUCAUGAAGACUAACUUCACUGGGGUUUCUGGGGAGGUGAUCUUGUUCGAUGAGAAUGGAGACUCACCAGGAAGAUAUGAGAUUAUGAAUUUUAAGCAAAUGGGGAAGGAUUACUUUGACUAUAUCAAUGUUGGAAGUUGGGACAAUGGUGAAUUGAAGAUGGAUGAUGAUGAAAUAUGGUCAAAGAAAAAUACUGUAAUCAGAUCGGUCUGCAGUGAACCAUGUGAAAAAGGCCAGAUAAAGGUGAUCCGUAAAGGAGAAGUCAGCUGCUGCUGGACCUGUACGCCUUGUAAGGAGAACGAGUUUGUCUCUGAUGAAUACACAUGCAAGGCGUGCCAGCUGGGUUCCUGGCCCACUGAUGACCUUACAGGUUGUGAUCUCAUCCCAGUCCAGUACCUCAGAUGGGGUGAUCCUGAACCAAUAGCAGCAGUUGUUUUUUCCUGUCUGGGUCUACUGGCCACCCUGUUUGUUACAGCUAUAUUCAUCAUGUACCGCGAUACCCCAGUUGUCAAGUCAUCCAGCCGAGAACUCUGCUACAUUAUUCUCGCUGGCAUCUGCUUGGGUUACUUGUGUACUUUCUGUCUCAUUGCAAAGCCUCAACGGAUUUAUUGUUACCUUCAAAGAAUUGGCAUCGGUCUGUCCCCGGCUAUGAGUUACUCUGCCCUAGUAACUAAAACCAAUCGCAUUGCAAGAAUUCUAGCUGGCAGCAAGAAGAAAAUCUGUACAAAGAAACCUAGGUUCAUGAGUGCCUGUGCCCAGUUGGUUAUUGCAUUUAUCUUAAUAUGUAUACAGUUAGGCAUAAUUGUUGCCCUUUUCAUAAUGGAGCCACCAGAUAUAAUGCAUGAUUAUCCAAGUAUCCGAGAGGUCUACUUGAUUUGUAACACCACCAACUUGGGUGUCGUAACUCCCCUUGGAUACAAUGGAUUAUUAAUUUUAAGUUGCACCUUUUAUGCAUUUAAGACCAGAAAUGUCCCGGCUAAUUUCAAUGAAGCAAAGUAUAUCGCCUUUACAAUGUAUACCACCUGUAUCAUUUGGCUGGCCUUUGUGCCCAUAUAUUUUGGUAGCAACUACAAGAUAAUCACCAUGUGUUUUUCUGUAAGCCUGAGUGCCACUGUGGCCCUCGGCUGCAUGUUUGUGCCAAAGGUGUACAUCAUCCUCGCUAAGCCAGAAAGGAACGUACGCAGCGCGUUCACCACGUCGACCGUGGUCCGCAUGCACGUAGGGGACGGAAAGUCAUCUUCAGCUGCAAGCCGUUCAAGUAGCCUGGUCAACCUAUGGAAAAGAAGGGGAUCGUCUGGUGAAACUCUAAGGUACAAAGGCAGGAGGCUGGCCCAGCACAAGUCGGAAAUAGAGUGUUUCACCCCAAAAGGGAGUAUGGGAAAUGGUGGGAGAGCUACAAUGAGCAGCUCCAAUGGGAAAUCAGUCACGUGGGCCCAGAGUGAGAAGAGCAGCAGCAGGGGAGCACACCUCUGGCAAAGACUCUCAGUCCACAUCAACAAAAAGGAGAACCCUAAUCAAACCGCAGUGAUCAAGCCCUUUUCAAAGAGCACAGACAGUAGCCGACACAGCAGCAGCACCACAUUUCCAGAGAGCAGUGCCAAAAUGCUUUAUGACGUCUCAGAAGCAGAGGAGCAAUACCCAGCUCAGUUCCAGCCACAGACCCCCUCACCUAUCAGCACGGUGAGCCACAGGACUGCCUCCAUUAGCCGAACAGAUGACGAUGUCCCCACAUCCCAGACAGAACAUGCCCAGCGGAGCAGUUCCUCCCAAGGCUCUCUGAUGGAGCAAAUCAGCAGUGUGGUCACACGCUUCACAGCCAACAUAAGCGAGCUGAACUCUAUGAUGCUUUCAACAGCCACGCCGGGGGCAAUGGUGGCCACUCCUCUCUGCUCUUCCUACCUGAUCCCAAGAGAGAUCCAGCUUCCUACAACAAUGACCACUUUUGCAGAGAUCCAGCCACUCCCUGCCAUCGAAGUCAAUGGUGCAUCUCAGUCCGCUAGGAAACCUUCCUGUGGCAGCAUCAAAGAGGGUACUUCGGAGGCACCAGCGGUGAAGCAAGAUCUUGACGAGUUGGUGGCUUUAACUCCUCCCUCACCUUUUAGAGACUCCAUUGAUUCUGGGAGCGCAUCUCCCAGCUCUCCAGUGUCAGAAUCAGCUCUUUGUAUCCCAUCCUCCCCGAAGUAUGACAAGCUUAUCAUAAGAGAUUACUCUCAGAGUUCUUCUUCAUUGUGA